AUGACGAUGCAGGGCGAGAUGUACCAUUACAUGGGUCCCAUGAUGCCAUCCGAGGGGCGGGCGCCUUCCUUUGCUUCCGUUUACAUUCGCGACACUGACUACGCCACCCAGACGCGUACAAGGCUUGGAAACUCUAGACGACUGGAAGAGGCAUUUAUGACGCAACUAACGCACAUGCACGAAUGCAACCCCUACGUGCAAACAUUUCUGUAUAUGCGAGAAUGGGCUCAAUCUCCUCACAACAACACUCCAGCCGCGUACCAGAUGGUCAUCCAUGCCGACCGCAGGCCAAGUCAUGAGCACGUGCGCCGGUACAAUGGUCCCGAAGCUUCUGAAGUGGUUGCAUUGAUCCCGGGAAAUGAAGACGGAGAGAUUGGGCGAAGAGAUAUCGUCGUUCGCAGGCGAGGGACUCUGAACAGUAACGAGAACGAAGUGUUGGAUCCGAUUUCAGUCAGUCAUCGUGCAUACGAUCCAUUCAGUUACGUGCUUUUGUUCCCAAAUGGUAGAGAUGGAUGGUAUCCAGAGCUUCGAAUCUCCAGUGAGGACGACGGCAGACGUACCAAGAUAACUCCGAUGAUGUUCUGCGGAUGGCAUUUGUUCGAAAGAGCAGGCGAGUUCAGUACGAUCCUGCACGCAGCACGACUCUUUCAGCAAUAUUUGGUUGACCAGUUCUGCAAAGUGGAGGCAGAAAGGCUUUCUUAUCUCCGCCACAACCAGACACAACUUCGGGCCGCCGACUACACCUCACUGCGCGACAGCCUAGGAGACUCCGGUCGUGCUGAAGAUGAAGCCGACGCCGUGCGUGCGGGACGACUGUUUAUUCUCCCUUCUACGCACAUCGGAUGUGACCGCUACAUGAGGCAGCAGAUGCACGACAUCAUUGCUAUAUCUAACCAAAUUGGCCACCCGGACAUCUUCCUCACCAUGACAUGCAAUCCUAGCUGGCCGGAGAUCACAAGAGCCCUGCUGCCCAAUUAAAUGAAGGAUCUCAUGUCCUUGGUCAUCAACGAGGAAGUGUUCGGAACCGUCGUUGCCCAUGUACGAGUCAUCGAAUUUCAGAAACGAAGUCUUCCCCACGCUCACGUCGUAUUUUUCCUAGAUGAGGUCUCCAAUAAUGAUCUGCGUAAUCCCGAAAACGUCGACCACAUUAUCUCUGCCGAGAUCCCGUCUGGCCAAGAUCCAGAACUCCAAGAGGUCGUGCUUAAGCACAUGAUUCACAAUCCAUGUGGAGAACACAAUCCAGCAGCCGUGUGCAUGGGCGAGCAGUACUGCAGGAAAAGGUUUCCAAAACCGUUCAAACACGAAACCAGCAGUCCGAAAGUGAGUACUACAUCACGUACCGCAGAAGGUCCCCCUCUGCAGGUGGCGUCUCCAUCGAGCGUCCCUCCCGUAUUGGCCGACGACAGCAAUCCGUCGUGGUCGAAAACUCCUGGGUCGUGCCCCACAGCCCUCUGCUUCUAAAUGGAAUUCACUGCCGAAAACGAGUGCUACGACGAGAUCUCCAACUUCCAAGAUGCCAGAUACGUGUCUGCAUCGGAGGCCGCAUGGAGGUUAUUCUCCUCUGACAUUGUGGAUCGCAAUCCUCCAGUGUUCAGACUUUCAGUGCAUCUGCCCAACCACCAUACGGUUUACUUUGAGGAAGAACGAGAGAAGGAGGCGGCGCUUCGACCGGCAUCAGGUACGAAGCUUACCGAGUGGUUUAAAGCCAACGAGAAGUACCCAAGCGCGAGGCAUAUUCGGUACCACAAGUUUCCAAAGUACUUUACGUGGAAGAAAAGCAGCAAGGCAUGGAUUCCAAGAGCAUCCCUGCGAAGACGGAACGCCAGCAGCGAAGAGGAAGCCUACGAUUUCAGUGGCACAGGCGCCAACGUAGUCGGUCGAAUCUAUUCUGUCAGUCCGAGGGAGGGUGAGCGCUACUUUCUUCGCCUCCUCCUCACACAAGUGCCGGGGGCGACAUCCUUCGAGAACUUGUGAAUGUUUCUCACCGAAAUUCGCAAUCGCGCACGCGGACAACCCAUUCGAAGACAGCAGCUUCGCGAUGAUCACCACGCCACAUCUUACGUGCUUGGAGAGGUACAGGAGGCCCUGCAGACGGUGCGUUCCAACUGGACGCUCGCACACCUCGGACUCCCACUGCCCGAUGACAGCCUGCCCGCUUUGGAACAGCCAAACGAGAUCCAGACACCCGAAGCACAAGCGCAGCAGUGCGAAGAGCGACUACAGACAUCGUUGCCGCUGUUAAACACAAAUCAGCUCCAUGCCUUCGACGAAAUAGUAGGCUCCAUGCUUCCAGGCGUAUCCGUCUCUGCAUUGCUUCAAGGAUCCUCAAGCGCCGUUGCGGGACCUUUUAUGCCAACACAAAGUAGUCGUCUCUUCUUCCUCGAUGCUCCUGGCGGAACAGGCAAAACAUUCGUGCUCAGCGCCAUUCAAGACUUCCUUCGUACGCGCCGUAAGCAGGUCAUCGCUGUCGCUACGUCUGCUGUUGCUGCUGUGCUGCUCGACGGUGGACGCACCGCUCAUUCCGUGUUCAAGAUUCCCAUUCCUGUAUCUGCCGAAAGCACUUGCAACUUCUCCACAAACUCCGAUACCGGUCGUACAUUGCAACAAGUCGAUCUUAUCAUAUGGGACGAGAUCGUCAUGUGCCAUCAAAACUGCAUUGAGACUGUCGAUCGCUCCCUUCGUGACUUGAUGCAAACCGACCCGCCCUUCGGAGGAAAGUUCCUCGUGCUCGCUGGAGACUUUAGAAAAAUCCUUCCCGUCGAUCCGGGCGGGUCCAGAGGUCAAAUCGUGAGCGCGUGCGUCAAAUCUUCCCCGCUGUAUCGAAAGUGCCGAUUCCUGUGCCUUACCGAGAACAUGCGCCUCGCUGCUCUCCCAGCGGACCAUGCAGCAGAUGUGGAGGCUCUCAACUUCCCACAGUUCCUCCUCAGCGUCGGGGAAGGCAGACUUCAAUGCGAACAGCGCCCGGAAUGGAUCUCACUACCACAGUCUGCAGCGUUCGAGCACACCAUCCGCAAUUUAUGCCUCAAGGUCUUCCACGGCGUUCGAGACAAUCACGCCGACCCUACAUGGCUCACCAAGCGCGUUAUACUCACCACAAAGAACAGACUGCUCGAGCAGGUCAACGAAGUCAUCGGCAACAUGAUGCCGGGACCGUAUCGAACAUAUUUAAGCGCAGACAAGGUCGAGAGCAAAGACACCAACGCGCUGAUCUAUCCCACAGAAAUGCUCAACACCUUGACGGCCGGGUCAGCUCUAUCAGACCACAAGCUCAAGCUCAAGAAAGGUUUCAUCGUCAUGCUUCGGCGCAAUCUCGAUCCCACUUCCGGUCACGUCAACGGCGCACGAUAUGUCAUCGAGAAAAUGACCAACAACCUACUCUUUCUACAUGUUACCUCGGGGUCACAUGAAGGCAACAGACUCUGCCUUCCACGAAUGCCCUGCGGACCAGGCGACGACAACUUUCCCAUCCCUGGCUUUACUCGAAAGCAGUUCCCCAUUCGCAUGUGCUUCGCCCUUACAACGAACAAAGCCCAAGGCCAGUCAUUCGGUGGCCGCAUUGGUCUCGACCUACGAGAUCAUUGCUUCUCGCACGGUCAACUCUACGUCGCAUUAUCGAGGACUACUCACCCAAGCAACUUCACUAUACUUACUUCAGAGUCCGAUGCAACAACGCGAAACGUAGUGUACCGCGAGGUCCUUCAGUAG